GUGUUGUAAAAACUUCAGCGUAGUAAACAUCUUGUGCGGACGCGGAAAAUUCACAUUUUUUCCACUUUUUCAGUUGAAAUUUUCGCUUCGUUCGCGUCGCAGGCGUCACCAGAAGCGUCCGGAAGGUCGUGGGCAUCGGCAGCAAUUGUGUGUGAGUGCAGAGAAAGAGUAGCGAUAAGAUUUGGGCGCGGUUCUUUCCCGGGGGGACUCCAACGCCGCCCCAUUUUACAUGCAAAAAAAGGAAAAAGGUGUUUGUGCCGUGAAGAGUUUUGUUUUUUAGAGGAGAAAAUCCCGUGAUUUGCGUGGAAAGGAAGUGCGAAAAUGCUGAAGUUUAUACGUGGGAAGGGUCAGCAGGUGUCUGUGGAGCGGCAGAAGCUGCAGAAGGAGCUGUUUGCGUACCGGAAGACCGUCCAGCAUGGCUUUCCGCACAAACCAUCGGCCGUGGCAUUUGAUGAGCGGAGUCGCCUAAUGGCCAUUGGGACGCAUUCGGGUUCAAUUAAGGUUUUCGGUCGCCCCGGGGUGGAGUUCUACGGGCAGCACACGUCCGCCUCGUCACCAGGAUCUUCAGGAAGUUCAGGUGGGCAGGAAUGUGCUGUUCAGCUGCUGGAAUGGGUACCCGGAACAGGGAGGCUGCUGUCACUGACAACGGCCAAUCAGUUGGUGUUUUGGGAACCAGCUGGAGCAAUUCUGGUUCCCUUGAAAACCUUCUCACUGGAUGGGAAACUGAAGAAGGUAUCCUCACUCUGCUGCUCCCUGCAGAAGGAUAUCGUGUGGAUCGGGACAGAGGGCGGGAAUGUGUACCAGUUUGAUUUGCAAUCCUUCAGCAUCCGUGAACCCAUCAUCUACCACGAUGUUGUGCUGGAACAAGUGCCUUCGACGUACAAACUCAAUCCCGGUGCCAUUGAGUGCAUCCGGCAGUUGUCUAAUGAUCCAACAAAGCUCCUCAUUACCUACAAUCGUGGCCUCUGUGUCCUCUGGGACCUGGAAUCCACCACUGUUGUGCGAUCCUACGUUGCCCCCGGCCAUGGGCAGAGUGUCGGCAUUAACGUUUCCCGUUCCGGGGAUUACUUUACGUGGUACCAUGCUGAUGGAUCCUACGCCAAGUGGCGCAUUGCCGACUCCACAAUACCCAACAACGAGAACUACGUGCCUUACGGACCUGAUCCGUGCAAAUCCAUCAAUCGUCUCAUCGCCGGGAAGCGCUCCACCCACGACAUUGUCAUCUUCUCCGGCGGGAUGCCCCGUUCAGCGUAUGGGGAUCAUCAGUGCGUCUCCGUGCACUGCGCGGAUGGGUCAAAGGUCGCCCUGGACUUUACGUCCAAAGUUGUGGAUUUCUUCGUGACCUUCGGGGAGGAGAAUGAGCAGGCCCAGGUACUUGUUGUGCUGCUCGAGGAGGAACUUGCGGCGUACGACCUGACCGAUCCCAAGGUGCCCGUCAUCAAGACACCCUACCUGCAUUCCAUUCAUGCCUCCGCCGUGACAUGCAAUCACCUUGUCUCCCAGGUGUCUGCGGAGGUAUACGAGAAGAUAAUCAUUGCUGGGCAACACCAGCAGCAAGCAAAUAGUUUGAUUGAGUGGCCCGUCAAUGGGGGUAACCUUCCGGAGAAGUUCCGUGACCCAGAAGACCCCACAGAGUACGAUAUCCUCCUCACAGGGCAUGAGGAUGGUUCGGUGAAAUUUUGGAAUUGCAGCGAUGUAAUUCUCACGCCAAUUUUGAACUUCAAAACAUCCCCAUUAUUUGGGAAUAGUGACCCAGAGGCGGAUCAUGGGCAUGAGAGCUCAGAGCCGCUGGACGAUUCGGAGCCACCAUUCCGGAAGGCGGGGAAUUUCGAUCCCUACUCCGACGAUCCGCGUUUGGCGGUGAAGAAGGUGGCGCUGUGCCCCAAAACGGGGACAUUGGCAGUGGCUGGGACAGCUGGACACGUUGUGGUGGCGAGCUUUGACAUUCUCCACGCUGAGGUACCACUGAAGGUGACCACGAUGAAUUUGGUGAGUGAUCGCGAUGGGUUUGUGUGGAAGGGACACGAUCAGCUGAAUGUGCGGCAGCAACUACUCGAUGAUACGUACACAACGGAUGAGGGGAUUCAGGUUGUGAGUGUGCUGCAGGUACUUCCACCAGCGGGAAUAACAGCUGUGACGCUGGAGAGUGCGUGGAAUCUCGUGGCAGCUGGCACGGGGCAUGGGCUUGUGUUGUUUGAUUACUUCAAUCAGCAUCCGGUAUUCCACAAAUGCACACUCAAUCCGAAUGAUUUGAGUGGGGCCGGUGAGACUUUGUCGCGCAAGAAGUCCUUCAAGAAGACCCUCCGGGAGUCCUUUAGGCGUCUCCGUCGUGGACGUUCCACGAGGAAUAACCCGUCAGCAGCUGCGGGGCAAACAACAACAAGCCCCAUCCUUGAGACACGCCCCAUUGAGAGGCAGGUAGAAGCACGUCCUGUGGAUGAUGGGAUGGGAUCAAUGGUGCGCUGCCUUGCCUUUGCCCAGACUUACAUCACAAAUAUGCAUUCCACCGUGCCGACCUUGUGGUCAGCCACCAAUUCCAGCUGCGUGUCUGUCUUUGUGCUGCACUUGCCACCGAAAUCCGAUGAGGAACUUCCGCUGGAGCAGAGGAAGAUGGUUACGGGGCAGCUGGCGAAGGAGAUUCAGCUGAAACAUCGAGCCCCAGUGGUGGGGAUUGCUGUUGUUGAUCACAAUGGUGUCCCAUUGGAUUUCCCAGGAGCCGGGAUGGCCCCACAUAGGGUGCUCAUUGCAUCUGAGGAGCAAUUCAAGGUGUUCUCCCUGCCGCAGCUGAAGCCAGUGACAAAGUACAAGUUGACCGCUCAUGAGGGAGCUCGUGUCCGGAGGAUGGCUUUUGGGCUAUUCUCGUGUCCUGCCCCAGCAGAAACAGCCAGUCCAGGUAGAGGACGCAACGCCCAGGCAGCAGCAGAAGAUCAGACGGAUGAGCAGAAGAAGAAGUACACGGAAGUUGGGCUUCUGUGCUUGACCAACCUGGGUGAUUGCCUUGUCCUGUCAGUUCCGGAACUGAAGAGGCAACUCAAUGCUGCAGCUGUUCGUCGUGAGGAUAUAAAUGGCAUCUCUUCCCUUUGCUUCACCAAUCACGGCGAAGCUCUCUACAUGAUGUCUUCGUCGGAGAUUCAGCGUGUCACCCUGUCGGCAGCAAAGAUGGUCUGUCCAGAGGGAACAAUUGAGCUCGAACCGUACGUGGCGAGUGAGGAAUUGAACACAACGCCAAUUGUCAUUGAGGACGAAGAGGUGAAGAGUGACAUGAAUACAUCGCUGGGAACAAGCAGUGACAAUGCAAUUCAUCAGAAUGCCAGCGAUGGGGGCCUCACCAAUGGCUCCCUCGAGGGGAAUAAUCGCGCCAAUGAGACAAUCAGCAGCUCAAUGGGUGACAUCACAGUGGAUUCAGUGAGGGAUCAUCUAAAUUCCACCACAACAACCCUCUGCUCAACAACAACGGAGGAAAUUGUGGGACGUGUGAGUGUCCUGACGACGCGCACAAGUGACAAAGUCACAUCGGCAACUAUUAAGGAUUUGGACAAUUUCAAUUCGCUAAAUCUCAAGGAUCUCUCACCGAUUGGGGAUACAACAGAAUCUAACACUACCUCCGUUGUUGUGAAGUCUGUUAUCACAUCAAUUUCCCAUGGGGGUACAAAUGGGGAGCCAGAAACCGUAACAACCACCUCAUCUUCGACAACAAGGAAGGAGAGCCAAUUUUAAGAGGAAGGGGAGAGUUUAGUAAGGAGGAGUAUACGCAGCAAAAGAAGUGCAAAAAUGGCUUCCCAAGUAUUAAAUUUAAAAAAAAAGAUAAGCAGAAAACUAAAAGGAUAAGGAGUGUGCAGAUGAAGUGCGAACAAUCCCCAGGAAUAUAUGGCCUCAUUGUUUUUGGCAAUUUAACUAUCAUUCAAAUGUGUCGUAUUUUUUCACAUUUUAUAACAAUUUACUUAUUAUUAAAUUUAAUUUUAUUGUCUAGGGACAGAGAUGUUAAUGUUUAAAAUUUAUGGAGAGUAAAAAAAAAACAAAACAUUGCCUUAAUAUUUUUCCUUGUCUAAAUGUUAGAUAAAAAAGAAACAAAA